AUGGUGUCACAUCUACGCCGCCCUCAUCCUUGCUCUCUGCACUGUUGUAUGCAGAAAAUUCCCGAUACCGUCCGGGACUCGGACGCGGGCUCCGGCCUGCUAGCAAUGAGCGCGUUGAUCUGGGUUGUGAGGCUGUUCCAGCGCCUGACCGGCGACCUCCGUCGCAUUGCCACCAGCAUGGACAAGCCCACCGUCUCGGGGUUGAAGGCGCUGCGGAACGAGAUGGUAGCCCUCAUGAAGAAGCAAGUCCCGCUCAUACGGUCGGGGAAAACCGUUGUUGCUGCCGACGCAUGUGACGACGACGGCGAGGAAGUCCAUUCUGCAUCCGUAGCAGUAGGGGUCGCCCCGAACGUCGCUGAUGCGCGUGGCAAGUCGGGAGUCGGCGUCGACGAGGCCGAUGCGGCCGCAGGAAAGGGGGUGACCGGGACUGAGGUUGUUCACGGGGAUGAUGAUGGGGUCCAGGAUCGCGAGGAGGAACGUGAGGGUGAGGGGGGCUCGGAGGAGUCGUCGGGGUCGAGGUCGGGGUCGGGAUCGGGGUCGGGCUCGGAGUCGGAGUCGGAGGAGGAGCAGGAGCAGGAGACGCAGGAGCACGAGAGGCAGCACCAGGAGGAGCAGUUGGUAGAGGUGGAGGACGUGGAAAUGGCGGAGGGGUACGUUGUCGGAGGAGCGGAGGAAACGGGUGGGAGAUCGGCGGAUGUCGAGAACGACGAAGGGGAGGGGAAGGGUGCGACAGCGAAUAUCGGCGAGGUCGGCGUGGAGGCGGCUCACGGAGGUGGUGGCAUGGUCGAGGUCGGUGAAGGGGAUAACGCCGCGGUCCCGGAGCAGAGGGGCGUGGAUGUGCAUACCGAUGCCACCGCGGAGAAGGCCGGCGGGGAGCGGUCUAGGAGGAAGAAGGCGGCGAGCGGUCAUCCCGGUUCCACCGCGGCUGGGCGGCAGGCGCGGCUGGACGUCGUCGAUCAGCUGAGGGCGGAGAACAGGCGAUUGCGUGCAGACAAUGCACUCCUUGAACGGCGGCUCGGUGAGCAGACGGGGCGGGUCGACAGCUUGGCGGCGGCAUUAGCUGGGCUCCUCGAGAAGGUGAAGGGUUUGACCGCCCAGGUCGCCGACACCGACCGGAAAUCGGAGGAGCGCCUCAAAGAGGCCACGUCGACCGUGGCGACCACAAUCACCGAGGGCCUCACCGACAACAUGGACAGCGCCAUUCAAUCGGCCAAGUCCUUCGCCGAGCUAGCGAGGCAGACGCUGCUGGAUCUUGACGACCCCAAGGGACGAGCGGCGGUCGCACGCGCGACCGCGGUGAAGACAGUGACCGAGCACGUGACGGCGGAGGUGGGCGAGGCGAGGAAGGGGUUGGAGGAGUCGUUCAUCAAAUACAUCGGCGCCGCGCAGACCAACAUUGCCGCCGCCGUCGCGCCCCGCCUAGUCCAGCCGCCGCCGCCUACCGGCCCAGCGCAGGCCUUGCCGGAAGAUUUCCUGAAGUCUUUCAAGGAGGACGUGCUGAAGGCGGUGACGGAGACCACGCAGCAGUCCUUCCUCGCCUCCGGACUGAAGAUAAUGGCCGAGGUCGUCGGCACGGUGGCGUAUGCUCGGCGUGGGUCGUCGCCGUCGGCAAACGACGCCGGCCAAGCGCAACCUACGGAGGGCUUGAAGCUGGGUCACAAGAGGCGGGGAGGCGGCGGGGGGGGCGACGGGGACAAUUCGGCGAACACGAAGCGGAGCAAGGGAGGCGGGGGGUCUGGCGGCGGGGGGGGGGGGGACGGAGACGAUUCGGCGGGCGCGAGGCGGACCAAGGGAGCGGCUGGUUCUCGCGUCGCCGGCGAUGGGAGCAUGGGAGCCGGCGACGGCAGUUCGUUGAAGCAGUCGGGGAAGAGCGUGGUCGACAUCCUCAGGAAGCACUGGGCUCAGGUUGGAGCGGCCAGCACGGGCCAUGGUGGUGGGGGUCCCGCCGACGAGCAUGCCACUGAUGACGCACUGCCAAUGGCUCCGCCUUCGGUCGGCGUUAAGCCACCACGACAGGGUAGCGGUGUGAAAGGCCUGCGCGACAAGGGGAAGGCCGCCGCCAAAACGGCCCCAGGCGGGUCCGCGAAAGCUGGCCAGGGCCCGAAGACAGGGGUUGCGGAGGCGUCAGCGGUUCCUCACCAGUCUCCCGCGGGUGCACGCCAUCCGACCGGACCGUCUGCCGGGCGACCUACCGACGUCCCGCGCCAUGCCGACGUACCGUCUGCCGACAAGGUUGGCCGCGCGGGAAAAGGGGCGGCAGUUGCGGACGCGCUCAAGGAGCAGCUCAGGCUCCUAGCCGGCCACAGGGCUGUUCAACAAGCCCCCCCUGCUGUCGACGUCCCAUCGGCCACUGAUGUGGAGAAGGCGGCGGAGAAGGGCGUUCGUGCCGCGCUUGCCACCGGCGGCGGCGCCGUUGAGGAGGUCCCCGCAGACGCUGAUAUCGCUGCCAUACAGGCCCAUCUGGAUGCAGCCAAUCCCCGAACCCUGGCCAUCUCCGACACUAAACAUGUGGAGCCUUCGGCGGGACUCGUCGGCAUCGCGGCAGAGCCUAGUGCGACCGGUGAUGCGGUCGGUGAAGGAAAGUCGAAACGGAAGGGGAAGGCGGGCUCACAGAGGAAGACGCGGGAGAAGUCGGAGGUGAAGGCGGCGGAUAAACAGAAGGGGAUGGCGGCGGAGACGGCGGCGGACAAAGAUCGAGGCGGCAUUGGGGAGGUUGAAGGGAAAGGGGAGAAUCAGGAGAAGUCGCCCGGCGAGGGUACGUCGACGGGGAGGAAGGGGAAGGACAAGUCGGUCGGAGAAGGUGCGUCGACCGGGAGAAAGGGGAAGGAGAAGGCGGUCGGCGAGGGUUCCUCGAAGGGGAGAAAGGGAAAGAGGAAGGCGGAGGAGGAGGAUGAGGAUGUCGAGGAGGUGGAGGAGGUCGAGCAGGAGGAAGAGGAGGAGGAGGAGGAGGAGGAGGGGAAGGGCAAGGAGAGGAGGGGUCAUGGCAUCCGACACGAUACCUCGGGCGACAAGCAAGGGUGGGUCGGCGAGAUUAAGGUGCACGGCAUCAAUCGAUACAUUGGCAAGUCGCGGGACAAGAUGGAGCUCGCGUACGUUCACUCCAUCGCGUACGUCGUCUACGACGGUUUCGUGAGCAAGGUGCUCAUGACCGAGCUCACCGGCUUGGACAGCGCCGAAUUGGAGAGGUGGAAGGAGGUGUGGGAGGAGGUCAGGAUCUUGCCGACAGGGAUGUGGACGGUGAUGUGGGCCCGGGGUACGCUCCUUCCAAAGACACGGCUGACAGAGAUCCUCGACGCGUAUCGCCAUUACAAGUCCACAGGCGAUUGUCUCCACGCCGCGCUCCUGCCAGCGAUAUGGUACCCAGUCGAUGCUAGCACCGAGGAAGGCCGGGAGAAGUCGGCGUCCAUGAUGUCGGCGAUGAUAGGCCGCGUGUCAAUGUGCGCUGCAUAUGGGAAGACCGCUGCGGCAGCGGCGAAGAAGGAGGGAGACAAGGAGGAGAAGACGGAUAUGGCGGCGUAG